CUGUUCACAGGGCAGCCUAGAAGCACAAGCCUAUUUUGAGGCCCAUGUUUCAGGCCCCCUAGCUGGCAUUAGCUGGGCAGGAUUUCUUGGUAUCCGGCAGAUGCAGUCAUGGACAACACGAUGGAGUGCUCCAAAGCAGUGCAGAGGGCCACGGAGCUCAUCGAACAGCGGCUUGCUCAGGAGGAGGAGACUGAGAAACUUCGAAGAGCCGCCCCUGGGAAGCUGCCCAUGGACAUGCUAGUACUCGAGGAUGAGAAGCGCCUUGGGGUGCAGAGCCCAACUUUACAAAAAGUUAAGGGCCAAGAGCGUGUGCGCAAGACAUCCUUGGACCUGCGGCGCGAGAUCAUCGAUGUGGGUGGAAUCCAGAACCUCAUUGAGCUGCGGAAAAAACGCAAGCAGAAAAAGCGAGAAGCCCUGGCUGCUUCCCAGGAGCCACCUCCAGAGCCCGAGGAGAUUACUGGCCCUGUGGAUGAGGAGACAUUCCUGAAAGCUGCGGUGGAGGGGAAAAUGAAGGUCAUUGAGAAGUACCUGGCAGACAGGGGUUCAGCUGACACCUGUGAUGAGUUCCGUCGGACAGCACUGCACCGAGCCUCCCUGGAGGGUCACGUGGAGAUCCUGGAGAAGCUUCUAGAGAGUGGGGCCACUGUGGACUUCCAGGAUCGGCUGGACUGCACAGCUAUGCACUGGGCCUGCCGUGGAGGCCACCUGGAGGUGGUGAAGCUCCUGCAAAGCCGAGGAGCAAACACCAACGUGAGAGAUAAGCUCCUGAGCACACCCCUGCAUGUGGCAGUCCGCACGGGGCAUGUGGAGAUUGUAGAACACUUUCUCUCUCUGGGCUUGGACAUCAAUGCCAAAGACAGAGAAGGGGACAGUGCCCUACAUGAUGCUGUGAGACUCAACCGCUACAAAAUCAUCAAACUACUGCUCCUGCAUGGGGCUGACAUGAUGUCCAAGAACCUGGCAGGAAAGACCCCUACAGACCUGGUCCAGCUGUGGCAGGCUGACACCCGACAUGCCCUGGAACAUCCUGAGCCAGAGUCAGAUCAGAAUGGACUGGAGGGGCCUGGGAGUGGGCGUGAGACCCCCCAGCCUGUACCAGCCCAGUAAAUGUCACAGCCAGGCACCAGUACCCUGUAUGAUCUGCCUGCAGCCAGUCUGGCAGGAACACCCACAAACUAACACAAUAAA